AUGCUUGUUACUGUCACUAUACCGAUUGAAUGUCCACAACUCCAAGAGGACAACACCUUGGCGGCCACCAAUGCUUACUUUAACCGUUCGAAUCAAGGGGGUAACUACCAACAAAGGGUUAACUACAACCAAAGUUGGCAAGACAAUCACAAUCAAGGAUGGAGAGAGAACUACAAUCAAGGAGGGAGAGACAAUGGUGCAAACCAAAAGUGGAACAAUAAUUACGAACAAAACCGAUAUCAACAAAACCCUCCAUACCAACAACAAAACCAUGGUAAAAGAUACCAACCACCACACCUAAGACAAGCUCAAACACCUCAAAUCACCCAACUUCAAGUCCCCCAAAUCACCUACCCCUCUUCUUCCUCCAAUCAAGCUCCAACAGAUGAAACCCUCCGCAUUCUCCUUCAAGAGCAAAGGAAGUUCCAAAAGAGACAAGAAUCUUAUAUGGCCACUUUGACCGAAGCCAUAUCCCGAAUGGCUCCACCUCCCACUUCAAACACUCAACCUUCAAGCUCUAAUGCACUUCCCUCUCAACCCUUAUUUAACCCCAAGGGUGGCUUCAAUGCCAUCACCUUCAGGUCUGGCACUAUAGUACAAGAAAGAAGUCCCAAGGAGCCAAGUUCAAGAAAGGGUACUCAAGAUGAAGAUGUUGUUGAGGUUGAAGAUGUGGAAGAUGAAGAUGAGGUGCAAAGGGUAGGUGAAGAAGAAGUUGCUCAAGCAAGGGAUGGAGUCUCCAAGGAAGAAAAUAUUUUGAAGGAUGCUAUUUCGAUUCCUUUUCCCAACUUAGCAAGGAGGACCAAGAAGCAAUUAGUGCUAGAUCCAAAGAUGGUGGAUAUCUUCAAAAAAGUUGAGGUAACAAUUCCCCUUUUUGUUGCAAUUCGCCACGUUCCCAAUAUGCCUUUGUCUAUUUAUGAUACAUUGAAGCUUCCACCGUUGAAACGGUCGGCGGCCCAUUUUGUUUUGGCGGAUAAAAGUAUAAUCUCUGUGGUUGGCGUUGCGAAAGAUGUCUUAGUGAGCAUCAAGGGGUUGAUUUUUCCAAUUGAUAUUUACAUUCUUGAGAUGCCCCCUAAUGAUUCCAAAAGACAAUCAUCUAUCUUGCUAGGGAGGCAGUUUUUGAAGACCUUCCAGUUUGAAUUGGAUGCUUUCUCUAGUACCUACUCCUUUCAAACUGAUGGAAGAGCUGUCACAAGGGUACAGAACUCGUGGAGGGUUUGCAUCGACCAUAGGCACUUGAAUUUAGCUACUAGGAAGGACCACUAUCCAGUACCAUUCAUAGAUCAGAUGCUUGACCGCUUGUCCGGUAAGUCGCAUUAUUGCUUUUUAGAUGGCUAUACUGGUCACUUCCAAAUUCAUAUUGCUUCAGAAGACCAAGAGAAAACCACUUUCACAUUCCCUUUUGGAACAUAUGCUUACAAAAGAAUGCCCUUCGGCUUGUGUAAUGCACCAGCUACGUUCCAAAGGUGCAUGACGAGCAUUUUUUCGGAUAUUCUUGAGCACUGUAUGGAGGAGUUUAUGGAUAAUUUUAGUGUACAUGGUGAUUCUUUUGACUUGUGUUUGGAUAAUCUUACUAGAGUAUUAGAACGAUGUACCACUUCAAACCUUGUGCUUAACUUUAAAAAAUGUCACUUUAUGGUAAAGCAAGGUAUUGUAUUAGGUCACAUUGUUUCUAAUGAUGGUAUCUCUGUUGAUCCUGCCAAGGUUGAUGUCAUUUCUGGUUUAUCUUACCCCUCUUUUUUGAGGGAAGUCCGUGCUUUUCUUGGCCAUGCAGGUUUCUAUCGGAGGUUAAUUAAGGACUUCAGUAAGGUUGCACUACCCCUUUCCCGUUUAUUGUAA